AUGGCAAUUCAAAACAACGAAACUGAGGUCACCGUCAUUGGCGUGGAUGCAUUAGAGAAACGUGGAAAGAGAAGACAAAACAGAAAUAUGCCAUCCUCGGAUGAUAGUGCAUGUAAUUCUGAUUCAUCCCUAUCUUCCUCUUCCACAAAGCCACGCCGUAGACGUCGACGCACUAGAAAAACGAAGGCAUCACCAAACCCAUCGUCGGCACCAGAACCACUUGUCGUGUCCCUUGACCAACAAAUAAAAUAUGUCGCAUUGGAUUGUGAAAUGGUCGGCUGUGGCUACCUUGGCAGACGGUCAUCUGUAGCACGCGUCACUCUGGUAGACUGGAACGGAAAUAUCAUUUUCGAUGAGUUUGUAAAGCAAUCGGUUCCUGUCACAGACUACCGUACAUUUGUUUCUGGGAUUACUGAAGCCGAUUUGGAGGCAGCCAAACUUACUUUUGACGAGUGCCGUGCCCAAAUGGAAUCACUCUUGGACGGAAAAAUUCUUGUGGGUCAUGCUUUGAAGAAUGAUCUCAAAGCUCUUAACCUCAAGCACCCAUGGCAGAUGACCCGCGAUACUGCAAAAUACGAACCAUUCAUGCAAACUAGAUUCGAUGACGGCGUUUUAUGGCCUCGCAAGCUAAAGGAAUUGGCCAAGCUCAAGCUUCAACGCGACAUUCAAAUUUACGGCCAACCACACAGUGCCUACGAGGAUGCCAUGGCAGCUUUCGAUUUGUACAAGAAGCACAUAAAGAAAUGGGAAAAGGUGAUGGAAUACAAAAUCAGCAAAACCAAACAAGUUGAGACUGACCAAGUUAUCGCGGCUGAAUAA